AUGUCGAUGCGAAUCGUCCCCGCCGCAAACCAACCCACAACCUUCGCCGCCGGAGCCGCCGCCCCCUCGGCCCCCGGAGUCCACGAUACCCUCCGCGCAGGCGUAGGCCAGACGGUCCUUGACGCGAAGAACAACGUUCCCGCGAGCGCACACCCCCUCGAGGCCCGCCUCAAGAACUGGGAGGCCACGCAGGAGAACAUGCGCAUGGAGACUCUCCGCCGCACCUUUGGCGUUUCCGAGCCCAUCCGUCGCCAGAUGGAGCUCAAGAUCACCCAGAACGGCGAGUGGCGGCCCGCCGCCCUCGGUGGCCACCAGGCCAGCGUCCACGAGGAGAUCCUCCGCGGCAAGGACACCAGCAUCAGCUGGGAGGACGUCUUCACCGGCGAGGAGAGUGUGGGCAUCGUCGGCAUGCACGACGAGAUGGAGAGGAAGCUCAAGAUUUAA